GAAGAGCAGAUGGCGUGCUUUCUCUGCAUGAGUCAUCCACAAAGGAUGUACAGCCAGCUCAGGAACAUCUUUCAUUGGAAGAAGUCUCCACUGAGAGUUCAAUAAGGCCAUUCUUUGUGGAAUUUGAUAAUAACAUUUUCUCGUCUAGUCAUCAUCGUCGCUCGAGUACUCGAGCUGAAAGGGGAAGACCAAGCUCCCUUUUUGAAGAAAGUCCUCGACAAAUGUUCCAUAAUCUCAUAGGGGAGAGGGACAGCCAUAGACACAUAACCAUGGAAGGAAUUACAGAGGUUUUGGCUGCAUUGGAGAGGAUUGAACAGCAAGCAGAGCUGACCUAUGAUCAAUUGCUAAUGCUGGAGGCUAAUCUAGUUUUUGGCGCCUUUGCCUCCUAUGAUCGACAUAGAGACAUGCGGAUGGAUAUUGAUGAUAUGUCCUAUGAGGAAUUAUUGGCACUCGAGGAGAGAAUAGGCUCUGUGAGCACAGCUCUUUCGGAGGAGCAGUUCACAAAAUGCCUCAAAAGAAGCAUAUAUACUCAGGUCGCUUUAGAAGUCAACAAAUCAACCGUUGAUGACAUGAAAUGCAGCAUCUGUCAAGUAAGCGCAUUACUCAGAGUUGCCUGA